AUGAAGCAGCUUGUUGUAUCUGUGGUUGUUUGUGCAGUGGUGCAGUAUGUAAUAGCCAUCCGGUACCACAAUGAGACGAGACCAAGUCCCGUUAACCGACAAUUAUCUGAAUUUCUUCAUGAACAUCCAAAACCAAUUGGAGUGUACACCAGGUUAACAGGAGAUCCACUGGACAUAAGAGACACAGUCACUCUGAACACAAAUAUAUUUGACAAUAAGAACCUUUUUAUGGAAACCAGUCACCUGGUCAGAGAGAGAAUACCAGAGAGGAUUGUACAUGCUAAAGGUUAUGGAGCUUUUGGAUAUUUUGAAGUAACACACGAUGUUUCUCAAUACACUAAAGCUGAUGUAUUUAAUGGUAUUGGAAAGAAAACUCCGCUCGUUGGAAGAUUCUCCACAGCAAUAGAAAAUCUCGGUGGAAAUGCACAGGCAGCCGCUUUAAAUCUUGAAAGUCCUGACUAUUUCAACAUAGACUUGUAUAAUGCAAUUGCUGAAAAGAAUUAUCCGUCUUGGAGAUUAGAAAUGGAUAUAUUAACAAAAGAAGACCUAGAGAAGGUUGAUUACGAUCCUUUUGAUUUGACGAGAUUGUGGAAGAGGGAUGCACAAAAUUAUAGGCUGGGUGGUAAUCACCAUAAUAUACAAGUGAAUGCUCCUUUGUACGAUAAAACAUAUAAUAGAGACGGAGUGCCACCAGUAAGAGAUAACAUGAAAUAUACUCCUAACUAUUACCCGAAUUCGUUCCAUGGACCAAUGCCUUAUGUGGAUGAAGCUCGUCCAACAGAGAUGUUAAAAAUUUUACAUAGUAACGCUAUUGAUUUGCAGCCUCUAAACGAAUUUUACAAUGAAAUCGUUGAUACUGAUGCACACAGACAGAGAAUAGCAGACUAUCUAGCUGAAUCAUUAGUCAAUGUGCCCACAGGUUUACAAAAAAGAGCUAUUUACAUUCUGACACUUAUCGAUAUAGGUUUAGGAAGACGCGUCAAAAAUGCAUUACAAAUAUCUAAAAAUAUAGAUCGAGUAGCAAGACGAAACCAAAUAGCAGAAUGCAUAGCUAAUGUGGAUGAAGCAAGUAAGAGACCAAGACAUAAAAUACAAAAGACACAGUCUUACUAUUAUGGCCGCAACUAA